AUGCAAGUCCUCCAGACCAAGGUGGAGGGCAAAGGAAACGGAAUCAAGACUGUAGUUUUGAACCUUCCAGCAGUUGCACGUGAUCUAGAUCGUGCUCCAGAGUACAUUACCAAGUUCUUUGAGAUUGAGUUGGGCUCACAGACCAACAUUGAGAGUGGCAAAUACAGUGUCAAUGGAGAUCAUACCACUGAGACAUUGGCCAGAGUGUUGGACACAUUCAUUACAAGAUAUGUCCUCUGCGGACAUUGCAAGAACCCAGAGACAAAGUUCAUUAUCAAGACCAAGAACAUGGAUCUAAAGUGCGCCGCUUGUGGAAACAAGACCGCCUUGGAUCUAAAGUCCAAGAUGAGUGGCUUCAUCCAGAAGAACCCACCAAAGGCAUCAAAGUCCUCAAGAAGCAAGACUACCGCUGACGAGGCAACCUCAAAGCCAUCGUCCAAGGAUUUCAAGAAGCAGAAGGAGGAAGAGGAGGACGACGAGGAGUGGUCCGUUGACGUCUCGGAGAAGUCUGUUGAGGAGAGAAAGUUGAAGGCCAUCGGCCAAUCGACUGCCGUUGUCAUGGCCAUGAUGGACAUUGGUGACGUCGAUGAGACCGACCCAGUGGCCUACAUGACUGCAAUGCUCGUGUCGGAGCAGGAGUUCAUCAACAACCUGGACACCAUCAAGGAGAAGUUCUCUCUUCCAAGAAGCUAUGAUGUCUCAAGAAUCGCCAUUGAGGCCAUCGGAAACAAGUCGGCUGCCAACAUCAUCAACGCCAUCAAGAACAGAAAGGCAUUGUUGAGGACCAUCGUCAAGAAGAAGGAUGGACAAUAUGGAGCAAUUCUUGGCAUUGAGCAGAUGUGCGGCAAAGACGAGACUCUGCUCAAGAGCCUUGUGUCCUUGUUCAAGAUCCUCUAUGACGAUGAUAUCAUCAGCGAGGAGGCCUUCCUCAAGUGGGAUGACAAGACCAAGGUCAAGGAUGUCAAGAAGGCUGCUGCGCCCUUCAUUCAGUGGUUGAGAACUGCUGAUGAGGAGGAAGAGGAAGAGGAUGAGGAAGAGGAGGAAGAGGAGGAAGAGGAGGAAGCCGAAGAGGAGGAAGGUGAAGGCGAGGAAGAGGAGGAGGAAGAGGAUGAGUAG